CGGAGACGCUGCGCGUGCGCGCUGGGCAGACGGUGGCCCGGAGACAACUCUCCCAGCCUCCUCCGGUCUCCCUGGGCAGCAUGAAGACCGCCGAGAACACCAGAGGAACCGGCAGCGACGGGCCGCGGAAACGAGUCCUCUGCGUCCUCUGCGGCCUCCCCGCGGCAGGAAAAUCGACUUUCGCGCGCGCCCUCGCCCACCGGCUGCGGCAGGAGCAGGGUUGGGCCGUUGGUGUCGUCGCGUAUGAUGAUGUCAUGCCCGACGCGUUUCUGGCCGGGGCAAGAGCGCGACCGGCGGAAGUGCCAUCCCAAUGGAAAUUGCUUCGACAGGAACUGUUGAAGUACCUGGAAUACUUCUUGAUGGCUGUCAUUAAGGGGUGUCAGAUGUCUGUCCCACCCAGCAGGACUGAAGCCAUGUGGGAAGAUUUUAUAACCUGCCUAAAGGAUCAAGAUCUGAUAUUUUCUGCAGCAUAUGAGGCCCAGUCUUGCUACCUCUUAACAAAAACUGCUGUUUCUAGACCUUUGUUUUUGGUUUUGGAUGACAAUUUUUAUUAUCAGAGUAUGAGAUAUGAAGUCUACCAGCUGGCUCGGAAAUAUUCACUGGGCUUUUGCCAGCUGUUUUUAGAUUGUCCUCUUGAGACCUGUUUACAGAGGAAUGGCCAGAGGCCACGGGCACUGCCUCCUGAGACCAUCCACCUGAUGGGAAGAAAGCUGGAAAAGCCCAACCCUGAGAAAAACGCUUGGGAACACAACAGCCUCACAAUUCCGAGUCCAGCAUGUGCUUCGGAGGCCAGCCUGGAGGUGACUGAUUUAUUGCUCACUGCUUUGGAAAAUCCAGUAAAAUAUGCUGAGGACGAUAUGGAACAAAAGGAGACAGACAGAAUUAUUUGUUCAACUAACGUUCUUCAUAAAGCUGAUCAGACACUCCGAAGGAUUGUAUCUCAGACAAUGAAGGGAGCAAAAGAUGAACAAGUCCUUCCUCACAACUUGAAGCUUCUAGCAGAAGAACUUAACAAGCUCAAAGCAGAGUUUUUGGAAGACCUAAAACAAGGCAACAAAAAAUACCUGUGCUUUCAGCAAACCACUGACAUAUCAGAUGUCAUUUCUUUUUUUCAUUAUGAGAAAGAUAAUAUUGUACAGAAGUAUUUUUCAAAGCAGCAUUAAAAUUUCUGAAUUGCCAA